AUGGGGGAGGGGGUCCGGCCAAGCACCGAGGAGGAGGCUCGCCGAGGCGGCGCGGAGGAUGCCGCCCGGCCGGGUGCCGGGGAAGGUGCCGGCCGAGACGGCGCGGAACAUGCCAUCCGGACGAGCACCGAGGAAGAUAGGGAGACUGGCAGGGAUGCGUCGGAGCGCCCUGCAUGCCAAACGGUCGUGGUGCCCGUGGUGGAGAUGCUGCCAGAGGAGGAGCCGGAGGUGGUGGUGUUGGGGCAAUCCGAGGGCCCGGAGCAGGAGGAGGAGGUCUGGAGGGUGCAGUACGAGGUUGGCUCCCAGAUCCAAGCUGUCCUCGACCGCGCCUUCCAGCUUCACAAGACGACGGACUACGAGAUCAGCAAGGCCAACACCCUGGAGUCUGACCUGGGGGCGCAAGAUCGUGCGCGGGAGGAGGAACUAGCCCGAGCCAUCGAUGAGCGCGACGCCCUGAAGGCCGCGGCGGAGCAGAAGGCCCAGGAGGUCGAGCUGCUGACCGCCGCGCUGCAGCAGAAGGAUGAGGCUCUCGAGGCGAGGGCGGCCGAGUGGUGUUACACCGAGCUCCAGCGGAAGGAGACGGCCAUCACGACGCUCACCGAUGCCCUGGAGGAGAAGGACACCCUCCUGGAGGUCGACGCCGCGCGGGCGGAGCUGAAUGAGGAGAGGAGCCGCACCGAGGAGCUGCGAAAUGAGGUGGCGGAUGAGACCGCGCAGAUGGAGGCCCUCCAAGUUGCGUACACGUCCGCCCAGAGGGACUACGUGGACUUGGAGGGGGCCGUUCUGGCUGCCUGCCGAGAGGUCGAGGGUGAGGGCGGCCCGUCGGGCAGCUCGGUAACCAGCCGUCUGAGAUCCUUGGGCGGCCGGGUAGUCGAGCGACUCAAGGGCGCCCUUCGCCUCGGCGUCCAGAAGGCCCUCGGCGUGGUCUCGACGCAUUACCUCGUCGACUUGGAGCAGCUGGCCAUGGGGUACGUCGUCCGCGACGGCGAUGAUGAUGCCAAGAUCGAUGCCAUGGAUCAGGCUGACGCAGGUGCCGAGGGCGCCGCCUCCACCUUGACCAGGCUCUUCGAAGGCGAUCUCUUCCCCGGCGCCGAGGACGAUGAGGAUGAGCACAAUGAGGAGGGAGGGCGGUUUGUAGAUAGCCUGGGCCAUGGGCCAAAGUAG